ACCUUGACGGCACUGAAGACCACGGAGGAAAGUACUGGUAGUCUUUCCAAAUCCAGUAAUAUCAUCAUUCACCUUAGAAAACAGGUGAGUCCUAUUCCCACCAUGUAUCUUCCCCUUCUCACAGGGGAGAUUAAUACUAAACAAGUGAAAGUCAACCUCUCCCUCCACCCCCCAUCCCUUUACACAGGAAACAUGUGGGUAACCAUGCCCUGCCAAAUUAGGAGCUGUUCUGUAGGAAACAUAUGUGUGUUAAUGUAACACUAAACGGUUCUAACAAACAGGUGACUGACAUCCGGAGCCAUUUGUAGGGAUCGUCAUAGUCAGGAACUGAUGUCCAAUGUGUAAUGCUUUUGGCCCCAAGGGAUAUUCUCUUGCUUAUAUAUUCUGGUCAUGCAGAAUAAAUCUUAUUUUGCCAAGGCACAACUUGGUUUCACAAAGGUUUUCUUGAGCUCCAGUGACCACAUGGUAAUGAUUAAUCUCUACAGUUGGGUUGGGUACUAGUUAUUUAGUAAUAAUAUAAAAUAAUAUGCCAUUUAGCAGACGCUUUUAUCCAAAGCGACUUACAGUCAUGCGUGCAUACAUUUUUUGUGUAUGGGUGGUCCCGGGGAUCGAACCCACUACCUUGGCGUUACAAGCGCCGUGCUCUACCAGCUGAGCUACAGAGGACCACAUUUAGUUGUUGUGUUCACCUGAACUCAUCAGUAUAAAAAAGGGGAUGUCCACACUGUUGGAUUGAAUGGGAAAAGGUUAGGUUCAUAUUCUUUUUUUAUUUGUAUUAUACAACCAUUCAACCGACCAUAUUAAGAAGUAUGAUUAAGAAACGUAUUAAGAAGGGACACCUGCAUCAUUGUGAGGUGUCUUUCACUUGUGCCAUACUGAUGCUACUGGUAUGCUAAAGGAAGACUGUAGACAAAACUGGAGGCCCUUACAUAUUAGUGUCUAGGGAAAUGGUGGUUUAUUGAUCAUGGACAGUGAGUCUUGGGGGUAGAGGUUAACUGGCUAUGAGUUGUAGCAUUUACUUUUAUUGGUAGAAAGUCUUGGUAUAGUGAUUCACUAGGCUUAAUUUUGUGUUUUAGGCUGGGUUAUGAGCCACAGGUGUAGAAAUCGUAGAUCAUAAACUCUAUGCAUAGAUGGGAGGGGUCUCUCAUAAAGUCACCAGAGGGGUAUACUACAAAUCAUGAUAAAUGAGUUAGCCAGCUAACAUGCCUUAAUAUUCAGAAUAUACAGUGAGGGAAAAAAGUAUUUGGUCCCCUGCUGAUUUUGUACGUUUGCCCACUGACAAAGACAUGAUCGGUCUAUAAUUUGAAUGGUAGGUUUAUUUGAACAGUGAGAGACAGAAUAACAACAAAAAAAUCCAGUAAAAUGCAUGUAAAAAAUGUUAUAAAUUGAUGUGCAUUUUAAUGAGAAAUAAGUAUAUGACCCCUCUGCAAAACAUGACUUAGUACUUGGUGGCAAAACCCUUGUUGGCAAUCACAGAGGUCAGACGUUUCUUGUAGUUGGCCACCAGGUUUGCACACAUCUCAGGAGGGAUUUUGUCCCACUCCUCUUUGCAGAUCUUCUCCAAGUCAUUAAGGUUUCGAGGCUGAUGUUUGGUAACUCGAACCUUCAGCUCCCUCCACAGAUUUUCAAUGGGAUUAAGGUCUGGAGACUGGCUAGGCCACUCCAGGACCUUAAUGUACUUCUUCUUGAACCACUCCUUUGUUGCCUUGGCCGUAUGUUUUGGGUCAUUGUCAUUCUGGAAUACCCAUCCACGGCCCAUUUUCAAUACCCUGGCUGAGGGAAGGAGGUUCUCACCCAAGAUUUGACGGUACAUGGGCCCGUCCAUCGUCCCUUAGAUGCGGUGAAGUUGUCCUGUACCCUUAGCAGAAAAACACCCCCAAAGCAUAAUGUUUCCACCUCCAUGUUUGACGUGGGCAUGGUGUUCUUGGGGUCAUAGGCAGCAUUCCUCCUCCUCCAAACAAGGCGAGUUGAGUUGAUGGCAAAGAGCUUGAUUUUGGUCUCAUCUGACCACAACACUUUCACCCAGUUCUCCUCUGAAUCAUUCAGAUGUUCAUUGGCAAACUUCAGAUGGGCCUGUAUAUGUGCUUUCUUGAGCAGGGGGACCUUGCAGGCGCUGCAGGAUUUCAGUCCUUCACGGCGUAGUGUGUUACCAAUUGUUUUCUUGGUGACUAUGGUCCCAGCUGCCUUGAGAUCAUUGACAAGAUCCUCCCGUGUAGUUCUGGGCUGAUUCCUCACCAUUCUCAUGAUCAUUGCAACUCCACGAGGUGAGAUCUUGCAUGGAACCCCAGGCCGAGGGAGAUUGACAGUUAUUUUGUGUUUCUUCCAUUUGCGAAUAAUCACACCAACUGUUGUCACCUUCUCACCAAGCUGCUUGGCGAUGGUCUUGUAGCCCAUUCCAGCCUUGUGUAGGUCUACAAUCUUGUCCCUGACUUCCUUGGAGAGCUCUUUGGUCUUGGCCAUGGUGGAGAGUUUGGAUUCUGAUUGAUUGAUUGCUUCUGUGGACAGGUGUCUUUUAUACAGGUAACAAGCUGAGAUUAGUAGCACUCCCUUUAAGAGUGUGCUCCUAAUCUCAGCUCGUUACCUGUAUAAAAGACACCUGGGAGCCAGAAAUCUUUCUGAUUGAGAGGGGGUCAAAUACUUAUUUCCCUCAUUAAAAUGCAAAUCAAUUUAUAACAUUUUUGACACGCAUUUUUCUGGAUUGUUUUGUUGUUAUUCUGUCUCUCACUGUUCAAAUAAACCUACAAUUAAAAUUAUAGACUGAUCAUGUGUUUGUCAGUGGGCAAACGUACAAAAUCAGCAGGGGAUCAAAUACAUUUUUCCCUCACUGUAGUUAUAUAUAUUUUUUAGAAAGAUAAGCUUGAAAUGAACAUGGUCUAAUUCAGGGUUUCCCAAACUCGGUCCAUUCUCCCCUCCCCCGCGGUGCAUAUUUUGGUUUUUGCCCUAGCACUACACAGCUGAUUCAAAUAAUCAAAGCUUGAUGAUAAGUUGGUUAUUUGAAUCAGCUGUGUAGUGCUAGCGCAAAACCAAAACGUGCACCCAGGGUGGGCCCCAGGACCAAGUUUGGGAAACGCUGAUCUAAUUGACUCAAAAACAAGUUUAGCUUUCAGAAAUCAAUCAAUAGUUAUUUCUGGUUCUUUAUCAAAGUUAACUAAUUGAUCCUGCUUUGUAGUAUAUCCCUCAGAUUGUGCAACAGAAGAUUUUAUCUUGUUUGUUUAGCAGUGUUGUGGUAAAGCGUCCACCGUAUUGCUUCCACCUUACAGAUUGAGAGGUGAGGGCCAAAGUGGAGUGGUAGGGAUCGAAUUGGGACCGGCUCAUUGAAGUCCUAUGAAAAGCUUGUGUUUUUUCAAGAAAUUUGAAAAAACAAUGAUCUUUCACCAUAGGAAAUGGGUCUAAAGGCGCGCCGUUCAAAUUCAAAUGGUGUUUUCAAAUACUUAUAUUGGCCUUAGUGUUCACAGUAUUUAUAAAUGGAUGACUGCUUUCAAUUGCUUUCAUUAUACUUUUCUUUGGACGCUGACAAUGUAAAACUUCAUAGGACAUUUGUUUACAAGGUGUGCAAGUCAGGGUCAUGGCAUUUAGUUAAGUCUUUGGUCUUAGCAAAGUGUUUUAUAGUUAUUGUGGCUUAGGGAAGCAGUUUGACAGUUAUGCGUCUUGGCAAAGAGGUUUAUGGUCAAUGAGUCCUGACAAAGGGUCCAUGGGUAGAGGAAGUGGACAAAGGAUGAGUGGUAAGUUAAGGUGUCCUUCUAGGAGCCUUCCAUUUAUUGACACUGCUGAUUGCCAUGGUCUUUCUUUUGGUAGCAAGGUUUUUAAUAGAUGGUUUGUGGUGCAAGACUUUGUCUUGCCCACAGUGCUCAAACUUUAGUGCUCAAAUUUACACUACAGAAUAAGCUGGCAGCACUUUACUCCUAAAGAUCACAGUUGGUUUUCCCUGUUUUAAACCUUCUUAUAUCAUGGCAUUGUUGAAUACUUGUUUCUGAUUAGCUUGAAGGGCAUUCUAGAGCGUGGAUUAUUACCCUAUAACACAUGGUAUACAGCACGGUAGAAUCCAAUGGCUAUAGUUCAUUCUUGCAUGUUCUAUUGAGCUACUGUACUUUUGAAAGCAAAAGUCAAAUUGAAAACAUUAUUGGCAUUGUUGAAUUAGAUUUUCAUAAUGGUAAGCUAGGACUGAUGGUUUGGCUAGCUAAACUAGCAAGUCUGUUUCUUUGAUUACCAAGGCAACUACUAUAGCACAGGAGGUUGGUGGCACCUUAAUUGGGGAGGACGGGCUUGUGGUAAUGGCUGGAGCGGAAUAAGUGUAAUGGUAUCAAACACAUGGCUUCCAUGUGUUUGAUGCCAUUCCAUAGGCUCCGUUCCAGCCAUUAUUAUGAUCCGUCCUCCCCUCAGCAGCCUCCACUGUACUGUAGCUAUCUAGUAAACUUGCUAGCUACUUCAGUGGAUGUUGAACACAUUCUUUGAGCUUUGUAAAGGCCUUUUCAUCAGAACUUUUGCAAUGCCUUUUUUCCUGGUGAAUUCAAUGGACUCUUUUGUAAGGGAGACCAUGCAUCCAUGCUCUCAUCUAGGACCUGAUUUCCCAAUAUCUAAACUAAGUGGCUGACUGUCCUGUCUUUCAGAAAUACAACGCUGACUAUGACCUCUCAGCCAAGGAAGGGGCAGACACUCUGGCCUUUGUGUCACUACUGGAGGAGAAACUGCUGCCUGCAUUGGAGAGA